CCAAUCACAUUCCCAAUAGAUUCUGCGGAUUCUGCUAAAUCAGAAAAUCAGCUUUUCUGCUUAAGCAGUCAGAUUCUACCACCGCAGAUUUCUGGACACGGGAAGAUUGGCGUUCUUACACAUACUAUAUCA